AUGGAUAAGAACUUUAAUGACCUCUGUUACGCCUGUAGGAUCGGAGACACAGAUAACGCUGACAGACUCAUAUCCACAGGAGUUAACUUAAAUGGGCUUGAUGAAUUCGAUAACUCGCCACUUUUUUUAGCAAGCUUAUGUGGACACGAGGAGGUGGUUAAAUUAUUGCUUGAAAGAGGGGCAGUUUGUGAUCGUGAUAGAUUUGAAGGAGCUCGAUGCGUCUAUGGUGCACUAAAUGAUUCAAUUCGGGAUAUUUUAGUCAAACGUGAUAUUUCAAAAGCUGUGGAUAUAAACCAACCAUUUGUUAUGCAUAUUUCAUCAUUGUUUAAAGACUGGUCCUUGAACACGCAUGAUAUUCAAAUAAGUCCUCCAAAAGAAAUAAACGACAACGGGUUGAAGUUGCACAAAUUCCUAUUAAGUACCAGAAGUUUGAAGUUACGAUACAAUUUAUCCACGGUGUGGAACAACAAAUCUAAAUUAACCACUGAUAUUCCCACUUCCGUGCUUAAUAUCAUUACCAAAUUUAUUUAUUUAAUACCAGUAUUGCACGAAAUCAACAUGUCCGAUUACAAUACAUUAUUACAAAUAUCGCUCCAGUGGGAUUUAGAGCUUCUUUCAGAGUAUUUGAACCGAUUAAAAGAUGUAGCAGAUUCCUCUGAAAAAUCCACUUUGAUGGCCGAAUACCAAUACAGAUUUACAGAAGAUGCCAGGGACCAACUAAAGCGAUUCGUGAACGAUAAUAUUUUGAAAUGUUCGAUUGAUUUGCAUUCCACGACAAAUUUCGAAGAAGGAAUCCAGUUUGCCGAAAAUUGUGUUGCUUUUCCUGAUUUACUCCUUCUUGUGGAGAAUUUCAACGAAGACAAGCGCAUAUACCCUUGCCAUCUUGCAAUACUAAGUCGUGCCAACUAUUUCAGGAUGAUGUUUAGCCUUCCCAUGGAAGAAAAGGCGACUUAUCAAGAAUAUAAAGAUUUCAAAGACUCACGAAGGCUGCCGCUCAUAUCUCUACCAUCCUGUGACUUCGAAGUGGCGGAAAUAAUUCUCCGUUAUUUAUAUCAUGAUAGCUCCGAAAUUCCCUGGCAAUAUGCAAUUGAUGUAUUACUGAUGGCGGAUUUUCUACUUGAAGACAGGAUGAAAUCCAUGGCCGCUGUUGUAAUGACGCAAUCGAAAGAUUUCCUCGAAAAGCAUUCAAUCUUUGAUAUACUCUAUGUUGCCUGGGAAACAAAAAUGGAGCGUUUGGAACAAUUUGCCGCUAAAGUAAUUGCCUUUGAUCUAAAGAAUUAUACUAAGGAGACUGAAUUGAAAAAUGCUAUAAUAAAAUCCUCUCAGAUGAUCUCUGUGAGGGAGGAAACCGAUACGAUCGAGCUUGUAGACGACAUAAGAUUUUAUCUUCUAGAGAAAUAUGCCUUCGAACCAGACGAUAUAGACAUUCUAAGUGAAGAAAAGGAUAUACAGCUUUUGAAAGCCUCAGGCAUUCUCGACUAUCAGCAGGACGUCGCAAUUAUAGACAAUCUCUUGGAUGAGCUAACUCUCCAAGCCUAA